UGUUCUGAAGUGGCUCUGUGGCUUAUAUAGAGCCAUGCCUGUUCUGAAGUGGCUCUGUGGCUUAUAUAGAGCCAUGCCUGUUCUGAAGUGGCUCUGUGGCUUAUAUAGAGCCAUGCCUGUUCUGUAGUGGCUCUAUGGCUUAUAUAGAGCCAUGCCUGUUCUGAAGUGGCUCUGUGGCUUAUAUAGAGCCAUGCCUGUUCUGAAGUGGCUCUGUGGCUUAUAUAGAGCCAUGCCUGUUCUGUAGUGGCUCUGUGGCUUAUAUAUAGCCAUGCCUGUUCUGAAGUGGCUCUGUGGCUUAUAUAGAGCCAUGCCUGUUCUGUAGUGGCUCUGUGGCUUAUAUAGAGCCAUGCCUGUUCUGAAGUGGCUCUGUGGCUUAUAUAGAGCCAUGCCUGUUCUGUAGUGGCUCUGUGGCUUAUAUAGAGCCAUGCCUGUUCUGUAGUGCCUGAUGGACGGAUUGUGUGAGCCCCAUGGCCUCUGCUCUCCUCCCUAACCUCUCUAACCUCCAUCCCCUUCCCUUUCUGCCACAUUCCAGUACACCCCUACCCCAGAGAAACCGCCCUGAGGAGGGGGCUGAUGACAUCACCACGCCCCACCACAAGUGGCCCUUUUACUAGAGUGUGUGUUUGGGUCUAUAUUGGGAAGUGUGUGUGUGUACCCAAGACUAGUGUGUAUGUAUUGGAUGUUUGUAUACCAGAGCGAGUGUGUUUGAGCGGUGUUAUGUACACAUGUAUAAAGUGCUGUUGUUGGGUUUGUGUUUGCGUUCACUUGAAAGUGUGUCGGCCUUGUGUGUGUGUGUGUUGUGUGUCCGGGCGUGUGCAAGUCCCUCUCCUUUGCUCUCUUAACUGUGUUGACAAACACAGUUGAGCUUUAACCAAGGCAUUAUCUAACCACAAAUCUGCCCUAAUAAUAGAGACUUUAAAUAGUCACAUUAUUAUGAGGCUUUAAUCCCAGCAGGCCUUUAUCUCUCACUCACUCUCCAGUUCUCCUGUUGCUGUGCUCUGUAGGCCUGGUUAGGAGUUUUAACCCUUAACAAACGCAUCUUCACUCAUUACAAUCUAUGUGCAUUGCCAGAAUGAGAAUGUUAUAAAUAGGAUAUAGCAAUCUAAUAAGUUUGUAGAUAGAGAUGAUUUGUUCUCUAAGCUUCUUUAUCUACAAAUACCUAGGUGUCUGGUUAGACUGUAAACUCCUUUCAGACUCACAUUAAGCACCUCCAAUCCAAAAUUAAAUCUAGAAUCGGCUUCCUAUUUCGCAACAAAGCCUCCUUCACUCAUGCUGCCAAACAUACUCUCAUAAAACUGACUAUCCUACCAAUUCUUGACUUCGGCUAUGUCAUCUACAAAAUAGCCUCCAACACUCGGGUCACCAUAGCAACACCCAUCCGUAGCACGCGCUCCAGCAGGUAUAUUUCACUGGUCAUCCCCAAAGCCAACACUUCCUUUGGCCGCCUUUCCUUCCAGUUCUCUGUUGCCAAUGACUGGAACGAAUUGCAAAAAUCACUGAAGGUGGAGUCUUAUAUCUCCCUCUCUAACUUUAAGCAUCAGCUGUCAGAGCAGCUUGCCGAUCACUUUACCUGUACACAGCCAAUCUGUAAAUAGCACACCCAACUACCUCAUCCCCAUAUUGUUAUUUAUCUUCUUGCUCUUUUGCACCCCAGUAUCUCAACUUGCACAUCAUCAUCUGCACAUGUAUCACUCCAGUAUUAAUGCUAAAUUGUAAUUAUUUCUCCUCUAUGGCAUAUUUAUUACCUACCUCCCUACUCUUCUACAUUUGCCCACACUGUACAUAGAUUUUUCUAUUUUUCUUUUCUUUUGUGUUAUUGACUGUAUGUUUGUUUGUGUAACUUGUUGUUGUUGUUUUUGUCACACUGCUUUGCUUUUAUCUUGGCCAGGUCACAGUUGUAAAUGAGAACUUGUUCUCAACUGGCCUACCUGGUUAAAUAAAGGUGUAAUAUAUAUAUUUUUUUAUCUGUCUCGCUGUUCUAUCAGACAGGAUACUAUGCCUGCUCGCUAUGUGUCUAAUGUUACCAGACGCUAAUCUGUUGAUGCUGUGAUUUUUCCAUCCUGAGUAAUAAGGAAUUACUAUUUUAUUCAGGCCUGAAAAUCAGGAACUCUAUCAAGAAUAUAGCAUAAGUGUUUUAUCUUUAUAAUGAAAAUGGACAAAUAGUAUUUUUCCUGAUUUUCAAUAACUGCCAAUCAAUUGUAUCCCCCCCAACAAUUGAUGGUAGUGUUUGGUAAAUUGAUUUAGCACAAAUUAUAUUAUCUGAGAGGUUACAUUAGGUCAACUGAUGUGAAAUCAGGCUUUGUCUGUGGUUAGCUAUUACUACUAGAUAGAAUAGAACCAACAUGACACAGGAAGACAGGUCCUGGACCUGUUGAUAAGGCACCGUAUCACCAGCCUGGGGUUGGGAAUGAGAUCAAGGGUGGUGAUAAUGAUUAGGUACCAGUAAUAUGACUACUACUGACCCAGGGAUGCAAUGUGUUAGUAGUGGUCAGUCACUUUCUCCACAGUGACAGGGCAGGCAGGAGGAAGGCUGGGGUCUGGGUGUGAAUCUCACACACACAGAGACAGACAGACAGCUGUAAUCACUGUGAUCUGGUGCUGCUGUGUUUAUAUGGGGAGUGGGACAAUCUGUAUCUCUUUUCCUCAAGUCUAUUAUUACCUCUUACGCCUCAUAUGGUGUUUCCUUCUCCCUCAACCCCUCUCCGUCUCUCUCUGGUUCCUUCUCCCUCAACCCCUCUCUGUCUCUCUCUGGUUCCUUCUCCCUCAACCCCUCUCCGUCUCUCUCUGGUUCCUUCUCCCUCAACCCCUCUCCGUCUCUCUCUGGUUCCUUCUCCCUCAACCCCUCUCCGUCUCUCUCUGGUUCCUUCUCCCUCAACCCCUCUCCGUCUCUCUCUGGUUCCUUCUCCCUCAACCCCUCUCCGUCUCUCUCUGGUUCCUUCUCCCUCAACCUCUCUCCGUCUCUCUCUGGUUCCUUCUCCCUCAACCCCUCUCCGUCUCUCUCUGGUUCCUUCUCCCUCAACCCCUCUCCGUCUCUCUCUGGUUCCUUCUCCCUCAACCCCUCUCCGUCUCUCUCUGGUUCCUUCUCCCUCAACCCCUCUCCGUCUCUCUCUGGUUCCUUCUCCCUCAACCCCUCUCCGUCUCUCUCUGGUUCCUUCUCCCUCAACCCCUCUCCGUCUCUCUCUGGUUCCUUCUCCCUCAACCUCUCUCCGUCUCUCUCUGGUUCCUUCUCCCUCAACCUCUCUCCGUCUCUCUCUGGUUCCUUCUCCCUCAACCUCUCUCCGUCUCUCUCUGGUUCCUUCUCCCUCAACCCCUCUCCGUCUCUCUCUGGUCUGGUGUGUGUGGCUGGUGGGAUCUCUGGCUCUGGAGUGACCAUUGUGUGUGCGUGCGUCAUCUGUUUGUGUGUAAAUGGGGUAUUGUGUGUGGGGAUUAGAGGUUGACCGAUUAUGAUUUUUCAACACCGAUACCAAAUAAUCGGCCGAUUUUUAUGUGUGUAUACAUAUACGUAUAUAAUUACAACAAUACUGAAUGAACACUUUUACUUUAACUUAAUAUAAUAAAUAAAUAAAAUCAAUUUAGUCUCAAAUAAAUAAUGAAACAUGUUCAAAACACAGUGUUGGAGAAGAAAGUAAAGGUGCAAUAUUUGCCAUGUAAAAAAGCUAACGUUUAAGUUCUUUGCUCAGAACAUGAGAACAUAUGAAAGCUGGUGGUUCCUUUUAACAUGAGUCUUCAAUAUUCCCAGUUAAGAAGUUUUAGGUUGAAGUUAUUAUAGGACUAUUUCUCUCUAUACCUUUUGUAUUUCAUAUACCUUUGACUAUUGGAGGUUCUUAUAGGAACUUUAGUGUUGCCAGCCUAAUAUCGGGAGUUGAUAGGCUUGAAGUCAUAAAAAGCGCAAUGCUGCUGGCAAACGCAGGAAAGUGCUGUUUGAGUUCAUGCUUACGAGCCUGCUGCUGCCUACCACCGCUCAGACUGCUCUAUCAAACAUCAAAUCAGACUUAAGUAUAAUAUAUUAAACACACAGAAAUUUGAGCCUUUGGUCAUUAAUAUAGUCAAAUCCGGAAACUAUAAUUUCAAAAAUAAAACAUUUAUUCUUUCUGUGAAAUACGGAACCGUUUUGUAUUUUAUCUAACGGGUGGCAUCCAUAAGUCUAAAUAUUUCUGUUACAUUGCACAACCUUCAAUGUUAUGUCAUAAUUAUGUACAAUUCUGGCAAAUUAAUUACAGUUUUUGUUAGGAAAAGGUCUUCACACAGUUUGCAUCGAGCCUGGCGGCCCAAACUGCUGCAAAAACCCUGACUCUGCUUGCACUGAACGCAGGAGAAGCAACACAAUUUCCCUAAUUAAUAUUACCUGCUAACAUGAAUUUCUUUUAACUAAAUAUGGAGGUUUAAAAAAAUAUACUUGUGUAUUGAUUUUAAGAAAGGCAUUGAUGUUUAUGGUCAGGUACAUUCGUGCAACGAUGUGCUUUUUUCACGAAUGCGCUUUUGUUAAAUCAUCACCAGUUUGGCGAAGUAGGCUGUGAUUCAAUGAUAAAUGAACAGGCACCGCAUUGAUUAUAUGCAAUGCAGGACAAGCUAGUUAACCUAGUAAUAUCAUCAACCAUGUGUAGUUAACUAGUGAUUAUGUAAAGAUUGAUUGUUUGCUAUAAGAUAAGUUUAAUGCUAGCUAGCAACUUACCUUGGCUCCUUGCUGCAGGUGGACAGCCUGCUACGCAGUCUCCUUGUGGAUUGCAAUGCAGUCGGCCAUAAUCGGUGUCCAAAAAUGCCGAUUGUUAUUACCGAUUGUUAUGAAAACUUGAAAUUCGCCUUAAUUAAUCGGUCAACCUCUAGUGGGGCUAGUGGGACCUCUCAUUGUACUCAUAAUGAAGCGGAGCAGCUCAGGGGUUGGAGGCUGCUUUGACAAGAGGAGAGACUGCCCCUCGCUCUGCCCCUCGCUCUGCCCCUCGCUCUGCCCCUCGCUCUGUCCCUCGCUCUGCCCCUCGCUCUGCCCCUCGCUCUGCCCCUCGCUCUGCCCCUCGCUCUGCCCCUCGCUCUGCCCCUCGCUCUGCCCCUCGCUCUGUCCCUCGCUCUGCCCCUCGCUCUGUCCCUCGCUCUGCCCCUCGCGCUGUCCCUCGCUCUGUGGCCAUGUCCGAAUACCUGUACUUGCGUUCUAAAUAAUAGAUAUUUUGGGCAUGUGAAAAUCGAUAUGACAAUAUCGCAAUAUUAUUUUUGCGCCGGUUGGAAGUACCUGCACCAAAACUCCAGUGUCAUUCUUCAUAGCUUGUUCUCAGACUUCUUUUUAAAGAUGGAGCCAAUUUAUUUUCAGCACUUUUAUUUCCAUGAUUGAUCAAAACUUGUUUUCUCAUGGCUCUCUCUUGUCCUUCUGCAGCAGACAUAUGGUGUCAAUAUGUUUGGAACAUCGAAUCAGGAAAAAAUCAUAGUAUCGAAUAUAUGCGAUACAUAUAGAAUCGUGAAAAUCGCAACACAUAUCGUAUCGGCACCUAAACAUUGUGAUAAUAUCGUACCGUGAGGUCCCUGGCAAUUCCCAGCCCUACUCUGCCCUUGACUGGCCCUCAAAGCUUUACGCUUGACUACUUGAUGGUGUGUGGUCGACUCUCACGGUCCAUUUCCCCUACAUUAGACCUAGUCUAUAGAGAGCUAUAGGUUGUUGGUGCUUCAAACAGCUGUGUGUGGUCAGAGAGAAACAGGAGGGAUUUGCUCCAUUUAAACUGCACUUUAAUUGUCUGUUAUCAGCCUAACCGUGCCUUCGGGAUCUGUUGGUGUGUGUGAUCCACACACAGACUGGUAUAAGUUGGGCCAAGUGGUCCAAUAGGCCAUAGCCCCAUAUUGACCGUUUGGUGUCAUGGUCCCAGUAUUGGCUACUAGGAUGGAGUAGGUCAUGGAUUAGAAAUAAUUUACUAAGGAUUGAUAUCGGUGGAGGAUGCAGUGACACGUGUUCUACACCCCCCCCCCCCCUCCCCCCUCCACACACACACAUACAGACACACAGCUUUUUAUGGGAAGUCCUGGACCUCCCACAUUCCUGCUUUAGAAAGUUAAUAGUUGUCGUCUGUGCUGCAUUUCACACUGGAGGAAAACACAACCCUCUCUCACAUAGAAACAGACAGAGUGUAUCUAUCUCUCACACAGAGAGAGAGGCUGUCAUCUCAGGUGAUGUUCCUGUCUGGUUCAGUGGAACUAAGAAGGGUGUGGCAAGCUGCCUGGGCCGACCCGCACUGUUACUCAGCUGUCUGUGGGUGUGUAAUAUAAUAUCACUAUUUUACAGAGCCAGCAUGUUUCAAAGGUGUGGUGACUACGUAUUAUAUAUGAGACACAAAAAGUGUACCCCCCCCCCCUGCACAGACCUGGGUUGACCCUGACCCAUCCUCACAUCACACAUUACACACCACCCACGACCCUGCACAGACCUGGGUUGACCCUGACCCAUCCUCACAUCACACAUUACACACCACCCACGACCCUGCACAGACCUGGGUUGACCCUGACCCAUCCUCACAUCACACAUUACACACCACCCACGACCCUGCACAGACCUGGGUUGACCCUGACCCAUCCUCACAUCACACAUUACACACUACCCACGACCCUGCACAGACCUGGGUUGACCCUGACCCAUCCUCACAUCACACAUUACACACCACCCACGACCCUGCACAGACCUGGGUUGACCCUGACCCAGCCUCACAUCACACACUACCCACGACCCUGCACAGACCUGGGUUGACCCUGACCCAGCCUCACAUCACACAUUACACACUACCCACGACCCUGCACAGACCUGGGUUGACCCUGACCCAGCCUCACAUCACACAUUACACACUACCCACGACCCUGCACAGACCUGGGUUGACCCUGACCCAGCCUCACAUCACACAUUACACACCACCCACGACCCUGCACAGACCUGGGUUGACCCUGACCCAGCCUCACAUCACACACUACCCACGACCCUGCACAGACCUGGGUUGACCCUGACCCAGCCUCACAUCACACAUUACACACUACCCACGACCCUGCACAGACCUGGGUUGACCCUGACCCAGCCUCACAUCACACAUUACACCAGCCACGACCCUGCACAGACCUGGGUUGACCCUGACCCAGCCUCACAUCACACACUACCCACGACCCUGCACAGACCUGGGUUGACCCUGACCCAGCCUCACAUCACACAUUACACACCACCCACGACCCUGCACAGACCUGGGUUGACCCUGACCCAGCCUCACAUCACACACUACCCACGACCCUGCACAGACCUGGGUUGACCCUGACCCAUCCUCACAUCACACAUUACACACUACCCAUGACCCUGCACAGACCUGGGUUGACCCAGCCGGUACCACCUCACACACACACUCCUAAUCCUAACCUGGUGUGGUGUUUGUUUCUAGUUAUAGCACGGUGUAAUUCGCACUGCUAAUUUGCCAGAUUAACCUUGUGGUUCUGGUCAUGUUGAGUGGAUCACACUGUAAAAUCCCAUUUGGACGGGUCCUUACUGUAAGAACCCAUUCUAACUGAUCCUUACUGUAAGACCCCAUUUGGACUGGUCCUUGCUGUAAUAACACAUUUGGACUGGUCCUUACUGUAAUAACACAUUUGGACUGAUCCUUACUGUAAUAACACAUUUGGACUGAUCCUUACUGUAAUAACCCAUUUGGACUGAUCCGUACUGUAAUAACCCAUUCUAACUGAUCCUUACUGUAAGAACCCAUUUGGACUGGUCCUUACUGUUAGAACACAUUUGGACUGGUCCGUACUCUAAUAACCCAUUCUAACUGAUCCUUACUGUAAGAACCCAUUUGGACUGAUCCUUACUGUAAUAACCCAUUUGGACUGAUCCUUACUGUAAUAACCCAUUUGGACUGAUCCUUACUGUAAUAACCCAUUUGGACUGAUCCUUACUGUAAUAACCCAUUUGGACUGAUCCUUACUGUAAUAACCCAUUUGGACUGAUCCUUACUGUAAGAACCCAUUUGGACUGAUCCUUACUGUAAGAACCCAUUUGGACUGGUCCUUACUGUAAGAACCCAUUUGGACUGAUCCUUACUGUAAUAACCCAUUUGGACUGAUCCUUACUGUAAUAACCCAUUUGGACUGAUCCUUACUGUAAUAACCCAUUUGGACUGAUCCUUACUGUAAUAACCCAUUUGGACUGAUCCUUACUGUAAUAACCCAUUUGGACUGAUCCUUACUGUAAUAACCCAUUUGGACUGAUCCUUACUGUAAUAACCCAUUUGGACUGAUCCUUACUGUAAUAACCCAUUUGGACUGAUCCUUACUGUAAUAACCCAUUUGGACUGAUCCUUACUGUAAUAACCCAUUUGGACUGAUCCUUACUGUGAGAACACAUUUGGACUGAUCCUUACUGUAAGAUCCCAUCUAGCUGUUGUGCAGACAUCAUGACCUAGCCUGAUUUUGGUGUACAGGAGUGAACUGUGGAGAAUGAGAAGUCUGUGUAUGUGUGACUCCUAUGUGUUAAUUUAGCAGUGUACAGAAAUGAACUGUGGGAAGUGAGGUGAGGAUGUCCUCUUCACCAGGCUUACACUGGGCUCCUAACCCCUAAUAUGACACUCACCCUCUAUCGCAAAGCCUGGCUGUAGAAUGGGAGGAGGACUGGAAUACUUCAGGUUAUUUUUAUCUGGGAAUCUGUCUCUCUGCUUGGGAGAGGACAGAUAUCUAAUUCUAGAGGAUGGGAAGUCACAAAAAGACUACUGUGACAAUUGCACCUCGCUGAUACUUAGUGUGUGUGGUCGGCUGUUGAGUAUUCAAAUGCCGCCUGGUGCCACCUAAAACGUUCUCGCUCUCCCACUUUUCACCGCCUGUUACCCUCUCUCUCUCUCCCCCACCCCUCCCUCUUCUCUCGCUCUCUAUCCCCUCCACCCCUAGUCAGGAAUGUGAGAUCACGUUUGAAGAGUUUCUUUUCAACCUCUAUUUCCCGCUGUCGGUCUUUUGUGUUUCUCCUCCCUCUCCUUGUGUAGACCUGCCCUGUCCUCUAUGUACCUGCCCUGUCCUCUAUGUACCUGCCCUGUCCUCUAUGUACCUGCCCUGUCCUCUAUGUACCUGCCCUGUCCUCUAUGUACCUGCCCUGUCCUCUAUGUACCUGCCCUGUCCUCUAUGUACCUGCGUCACUGUUCAUUUUGAACUUUGAGCCAAUUUAUCUCAAGUAAACAUGUGUUUUCCCUCAUAACUGUGUGUGCACCUGGAUGUGUGUGUGUGUGUGUGUUGCUUAGGGGAACCUGUGUGUGAGUCACUAAUACUGGCCAAGCAGUGUAUUUGAGAUAUUUGUGUGUAUUACUAGGUAGGGCCUUUAGUAUGAAAGCCCUGUGAAAAUGAUGUGUGUGUGAGAAAGCACGUUUCAUACACAAUAUGUCCCAGAGGAGGGGUGUGUGUGUCUUGAGGAGACGUGUUGUCCCAAACGUUCAGCUCAGAGUGCUCUCACAAAACAACCCAUUUAUGAAGGGAUCAAACAAGCCACAUGUAGAGAAUGAUAAUCUACUGUAGUCAGCAUUAAACCAGCUUGCAUUCUUUGUGUUAAUGUGUGUGAAGGUGAACACCUGUCUGUCUGUCUGUUUCAACAUCACCAUGCUGUGUGUGUGUGUGUGUGUGUGUGUGUGUGUGUGUGUGUGUGUGUGUGUGUGUGUGUGUGUGUGUGUGUGUGUGUGUGUGUGUGAGAGAAGUGGAAAGAGGACAUCCUCUGUCUUAUCAGCUGUGACUGGUUGAUCUCAUUUGCUCCUUGCGGCUGGCCUGUGACUGGUUGAUCUCAUUUGCUCCUUGUGGCUGGCCUGUGACUGGUUGAUCUCAUUUGCUCCUUGUGGCUGGCCUGUACAUAAGCACUGUCCUUUGUACACCAGAAUCACACACACACAGUGAAUCCCUGGUUUUUGUCUGAAAUCAUAGCUACUUAGCUAGCAGGUUAUUGUGGAUGAAAACAUCAUCAUGGCUGUUCUGGCCUUGGUCUGUUCUAUUGAUUAAAGUAAUGGAUAGAAUCGUGUAUACGUCUGUGUGUGUGUUUCAGUGAGAGUGCAUGGGGUCGUUGGUGUAGGAGAGUGUUGGUGUGUGUGAAGGUCUCUGAGGAGUGAAACCUUUUAAAACCUAGAUUAACUGGCCCCUCCAUCCUCUCCUCUCCUCCCCCUCUCUGUCACCCAUCCCAUGGUAGAAUACCCCAGUGGCAGAUCCUCUUCCAUUAACUCUCUCUCCCUCCCCUCGAUCUGCCCCUCUCUUUCUCUCACGCCAACUCUCUCGGUUCCCUUCUCCUUUCUCCCCAUCCACUUUUCAUGGUUUUUUUCUCCUCCUCUUUCUCUCUCUCUCACUCCCCCAUUCGUCUUUCUCUCUCAUUCCCCCAUUCCCUUCAACUGGCUUGUGGCAAAGGGAGCAGUGCAGACCUGUUGUUGGGCUUGUGUUGUUGUAAGGACACAGGUGCUGAAUUACUGUGUGGUUAGCAUUACCCUGUGGUUAGCAUUACCCUGUGGUUAGCAUUACUGCGUGGUUAGCAUUACCGUGUGGAAACACAACCUGUAGUUUACUGGUGUCUGUCUGAUUUGUAUCAACUCAGCUUUAGGGGAGCCACACCAUGCAGGACACACUCAUCUUGGAUAGGUAGUCUCGUACAGGUUUUCAUGGGUAGCUCUUUGCAGUCCAUCAUUAUUCUAUUUUUACUUAGUCAUCUUCCUGAAAUGUUUAUAUGCAGUCAUUUCUCUGAACUCUGUUUACGUCUCUUCCCAGGUGUGUGUGAUGUGUGUUGGCCUGAGAGGGAUUGAAUAAUGCAUAGAUCAUUGGAAAGGUAUUUAUAGGAAAGCAGAGUGAUUCAAGUUUAAUGGCAGGCCUUACCAUCAGUGUUGAACAGCAUCAUACACGCUCUCGCUCUCGCUCUCUCGCUCGCGCUCUCUCACAAUUGUUUGUCGCUCUCUUUUCCUGUCUUCAGUAUACUGGCUAGAAUGUAUCCUUCACAUCUCACAUCUCUCCAUCCCUCUCUUUACUUCUCUCCCUCUUAUCCCUGUCCGUAAGCUGUCCAGCAUGUCAUAUUGUGUCUUUUCGCUCUGUCAGAUGAACAGCCUCUAGCGCUGUUAGCCAUGUAAAGACAUUGAUAUUUGAUAGUUGUGAUGUGCAGAUCUCAGCCAUUCACUGUGCCGCUGAGGUCUGAUCUGUGGAAGGUAGGCUGGAACUAGAAUGCUGAAAGACGGUUCAGGACGACGCAAUGCCUAAUACAGCUUCAUACAGCUUCAUACAGCUUCAAACUGCUUCAUACAGCAUCAUACAGCUUCAAACUGCCAAAUGCUCAAAGCUGAUUUGAAAUAUAUUGUGAUCCGCCCGAUAAACCAGAGCAGUGUGUUUGGGUUUAAUCUUGUGUUUAUGUGUGUCCCAAAAGGAAUAGCAGCGACCCAAAAACUCCUGACCUGUUGUUGGGAAACACUCAUCUGUUUCUCCAUCCCUCUCUCCACGUUUUCUUCUCUGACAGUGUUCACUCCAGCCUUCCAUAAGCCUCUUAUUUUUCCCACUACCUACCUUUCCCCUCUCUCCAUCUCUCCUUCAUGUUUACAUUGCCCCAGUACCUACCUUUCUCCUCUCUCUAUCUCUCCUUCAUGUUUACAUUGCCCCAGUACCUUCCUCUCUCUAUCUCUCCCUCAUGUUUACAUUGCCCCAGUAGCUUCCUCUCUCUAUCUCUCCCUCAUGUUUACAUUGCCCCAGUACCUACCUUUCUCCUCUCUCUAUCUCUCCCUCAUGUUUACAUUUCACCACUACCUUCCUCUCGCCAUCUCUCCCUCAUGUUUACAUUGCCCCACUACCUUCCUCUCUCUAUCUCUCCCUCAUGUUUACAUUGCCCCACUACCUUCCUUUCCCCUCUCUCCAUCUCUCCCUCAUGUUUACAUUGCCCCACUACCUACCUUUCCCCUCUCUCCAUCUCUCCCCCAUGUUUACAUUGCCCCACUACCUUCCUUUCCCCUCUCUCCAUCUCUCCCUCAUGUUUACAUUGCCCCACUACCUUCCUUUCCCCUCUCUCCAUCUCUCCCUCAUGUUUACAUUGCCCCACUACCUACCUUUCCCCUCUCUCCAUCUCUCCCUCAUGUUUACAUUGCCCCACUACCUUCCUUUCUCCUCUCUCCAUCUCUGCCUCAUGUUUACAUUGCCCCACUACCUUCCUUUCUCCUCUCUCUAUCUCUCCCUCAUGUUUACAUUGCCCCAGUACCUACCUUUCUCCUCUCUCUAUCUCUCCCUCAUGUUUACAUUUCACCACUACCUUCCUCUCGCCAUCUCUCCCUCAUGUUUACAUUGCCCCACUACCUUCCUUUCCCCUCUCUCCAUCUCUCCCUCAUGUUUACAUUGCCCCACUACCUACCUUUCCCCUCUCUCCAUCUCUCCCCCAUGUUUACAUUGCCCCACUACCUUCCUUUCCCCUCUCUCCAUCUCUCCCUCAUGUUUACAUUGCCCCACUACCUUCCUUUCUCCUCUCUCCAUCUCUCCCUCAUGUUUACAUUGCCCCACUACCUUCCUUUCCCCUCUCUCCAUCUCUCCCUCAUGUUUACAUUGCCCCACUACCUACCUUUCCCCUCUCUCUAUCUCUCCCUCAUGUUUACAUUGCCCCACUACCUUCCUUUCCCCUCUCUCCAUCUCUCCCCCAUGUUUACAUUGCCCCACUACCUUCCUUUCCCCUCUCUCUAUCUCUCCCUCAUGUUUACAUUGCCCCACUACCUACCUUUCCCCUCUCUCCAUCUCUCCCUCAUGUUUACAUUGCCCCACUACCUUCCUUUCUCCUCUCUCUAUCUCUCCCUCAUGUUUACAUUGCCCCACUACCUUCCUCUCUCCAUCUCUCCCUCAUGUUUACAUUGUCCCACUAACUUCCUCUCUCCAUCUCUCUCUCGUGUUUACAUUGCCCCACUACCUACCUUUCCCCUCUCUCCAUCUCUCCCUCAUGUUUACAUUGCCCCACUACCUUCCUCUCUCCAUCUCUCCCUCAUGUUUACAUUGCACCACUACCUAACUUUCUCCUCUCUCCAUCUCUCUCUCGUGUUUACAUUGCCCCACUACCUACCUUUCCCCUCUCUCCAUUUCUCCCUCAUGUUUACAUUGCACCACUACCUAACUUUCUCCUCUCUCCAUCUCUCCCUCAUGUUUACAUUGCCCCAUUACCUUCCUUUCCCCUCUCUCCAUCUCUCCCUCAUGUUUACAUUGCACCACUACCUACCUUUCCCCUCUCUCCAUCUCUCCCUCAUGUUUACAUUGCCCCACUACCUUCCUCUCUCCAUCUCUCCCUCAUGUUUACAUUGCCCCACUACCUUCCCCCUCUCCUCUUUCUAUUUCUCCCUCAUGUUUACAUUGCCCCACUAUCUUCCUUUCUCCUCUCUCUAUCUCUCCCUCAUGUUUACAUUGCACCACUACCUACCUUUCCUCUCUCUAUCUCUCCCUCAUGUUUACAUUGCACCACUACCUACCUUUCCUCUCUCUAUCUCUCCCUCAUGUUUACAUUGCACCACUACCUACCUUUCCUCUCUCUAUCUCUCCCUCAUGUUUACAUUGCACCACUACCUACCUUUCCUCUCUCUAUCUCUCCCUCAUGUUUACAUUGCACCACUACCUACCUUUCCUCUCUCUAUCUCUCCCUCAUGUUUACAUUGCCCCACUACCUUCCUUUCUCCUCUCUCUAUCUCUCCCUCAUGUUUACAUUGCACCACUACCUACCUUUCCUCUCUCUAUCUCUCCCUCAUGUUUACAUUGCCCCACUACCUUCCGUUUCCCUUAAUUUCCCCUCCUCUUGCUCUCCUUCCUCCCUCAAAACGUCCAUCUCCCUCCACUUUCCCUCUUCCUCACUCUCUGCUAUGUUUACAUCCUCCCCUCCUCUCACCGACUGGUGUUAUAGGGUGACAUCAGUGGUAAGCUCCUUGCCCAAAUGGCCACUGACAGACACACACACAGUGCCCUGCUCUGGGUCAUAAUACUUUUUAUCCAGGGCCAUUUUUAGCAUCAGUCUGCUCUAUGCGAUUACACACACAGACACACACACAGACACACACACAGACACACACACAGACACACACACAGACACACACACAGACACACACACAGACACACACACAGACACACACACAGACACACACACAGACACACACACAGACACACACACAGACACACACACAGACACACACACAGACACACACAGACACACACAGACACACACAGACACACACAGACACACACAGACACACACAGACACACACAGACACACACAGACACACACAGACACACACAGACAGACAGACAGACAUGCACUCGAAUACGAUACAGUAACGAUAAGUUUUAGUUUGAAUCGAUUUGAUUUGAUUAAAGAACGAUGCGAUACAAUUCUUUGCACUAACAUUUUGUUCUAUAAACACAUUCAUUUUCCAUUCUAAAUUAAAAUCUGCUGCAGAUGGAGCUCAUGAGCUGGGCCUCUCUGAGCUGGGCCUCUCUGAGCUGGGCCUCUCUGAGCUGGGCCUCUCUGAGCUGGGCCUCUCUGAGCUGGGCCUCUCUGAGCUGGGCCUCUCUGAGCUGGGCCUCUCUGAGCUGGGCCUCUCUGAGAUGGGUGUGUGUGUGUGGUGUAUACUAUGUAGUCACCUGAUCUGAGUCAUAAGGGACUAGGCAUCUACUACCACUUUUGGUUCUGACAUCACCAUCACCCACUAAUGAACUUUUCAUGUUUGCAGUUGAAGUGUUUGAACUAGUAAUGUAUCAAUAUUUAUUGUUGACAAAUUAGCUGGUGUGUGUGUGUAUAUAUAUGUAUAUACAUAUAUAUAUAUAUAUAUAUAUAUAUACAUACAUACAUACAUACAUACAUACAUACAUACAUACAUACAUACAUACAUACAUACAUACAGUUGAAGUCGGAAGUUUACAUACACUUAGGUUGGAGUCAUUAAAACUUGUUUUUCAACCAUUCCACAAAUUUCUUGUGAACAAACUAUAGUAUCUACUUUGUGCAUGACACAAGUCAUUUUUUCAACAAAUAUUUACAGACAUUUAUUUCACUUAUAAUUCAAUAUCACAAUUCCAGUGGGUCAGAAGUUUACAUACAAUAAGUUGACUGUGCCUUUAAAACUUCUUAUGGCUGGGAUCCCGUUAACCUCUAGGGUAGGUGGAACGGUAGCGUCCCACCUCGUCAACAGCCAGUGAAACUGCAGGGCGCCAAAUUCAAACAACAGAAAUCUCAUAAUUAAAAUUCCUCAGACAUACAAGUAUUUUACACCAUUUUAAAGAUAAACUUGUUGUUAAUCCCACCACAGUGUCCGAUUUCAAAAAGGCUUUACGACGAAAGCACAACAUAUCAUUAUGUUAGGUCAGCACCUAUUCACAGAAAAACACAGCCAUUUUUCCAGCCAAAGAGAGGAGUCACAAAAAGCAGAAAUAGAGAUAAAAUGAAUCACUAACCUUUGAUGAUCUUCAUCAGAUGAUACUCAUAGGACUUCAUGUUACACAAUACAUGUAUGUUUUGUUCGAUAAAGUUCAUACUUAUAUCCAAAAAUCUCAGUUUACAUUGGCGCGUUAUGUUCAGUAAUGUUUUGCCUCCAAAACAUCCGGUGAUUUUGCAGAGAGCCAUAUCAAUUUACAGAAAUACUCAUAAUAAACAUUGAUAAAAGAUACAAGUGUUAUGCAUGGAAUUUUAGAUCCACUGCUCCUUAAUGCAACCGCUGUGUCAGAUUUCAAAAAAACUUUACGGAAAAAGCACACUAUGCAAUAAUCUGAGUACAGCGCUCAGAGCCCAAACAAUCCAUGAAGAUAUCCGCCAUGUUGUGGAGUCAACAGAUGUCAGAAUAGCAUUAUAAAUAUUCACUUACCUUUGAUGAUUUUCAUCAGAAUGCACUCCCAGGAAUCCCAGUUCCACAAUAAAUAUUUGUUUUGUUCGAUAAAGUCCAUCAUUCAUGUCCAAUUACCUCCUUUUUGUUUGCGCGUUCAGUACACAAUCUAAACUCACGACGCGCGGGCAAGUCCAUGCGAAAGUUCAGACGAAAAGUCAUAUUACAGUUCGUAGAAACAUGUCAAACGAAGUAUAGAAUCAAUCUUUAGGAUGUUUUUAACAUAAAUCUUCAAUAAUGUUCCAACCGGAGAAUUCCUUUGUCUUCAGAAAUGCAAUGGAACGCAAGCUAACUCUCUCACGUGAACGCGCCUGGCCAGCUCAUGGCACUCUGCCAGAACCAUGACUCAAAGAGCCCUCAUUCCCCCUUCCUUCACAGUAGAAGCAUCAAACAAGGUUCUAAAGACUGUUGACAUCUAGUGGAAGCUUUAGGAAGUGCAAUAUGACCAAUAUCCCACUGUAUCUUUCAUAGGCAUUGAGUUGAAAACCUACAAACCUCAGAUUUCCCACUUCCUGGUUGGAUUUUCUUCAGGUUUUUGCCUGCCAUAUGAGUUCUGUUAUACUCACGGACAUCAUUCAAACAGUUUUUAGAAACUUCAGAGUGUUUUCUAUCCAAAUAUACGAAUAAUAUGCAUAUAUUAGCAACUGGGCAUGAGUAGCAGGCAGUUUACUCUGGGCACCUUAUUCAUCCAAGCUACUCAAUACUGCCCCCAGCCAUAAGAAGAUAAACAGCUUGAAAAAUUCCAGAAAAUUAUGUAAUGGCGUUCAAAGCUUCUGAUAGGCUAAUUGACAUAGUUUGAGUCAAUUAGAGGUGUACCUGUGGAUGUAUUUCAAUGCCUACCUUCAAACUCAGUGCCUGACAUCAUGGGAAAAUCAAAAGAAAUCAGCGAAGACCUCUGAAAAAAAAUUGUAGACCUCCACAAAUCUGGUUCAUCCUUGGGAGCAAUUUCCAAAUGCCUGAAGGUAACAUGUUCAUCUGUACAAACAAUAGUACGAAAGUAUAAACACCAUGGGACCACGCAGCCGUCAUACCGCACAGGGAGGAGACGCGUUCUGUCUCCUAGAGAUGAACGUACUUUGGUGCGAAAAGUGCAAAUCAAUCCCAGAACAACAGCAAAGGACCUUGUGAAGAUGCUGGAGGAAACUGGUACAAUAGUAUCUAAAGCCACAUUAAAACGAGUUCUAUACCGACAUAACCUGAAAGGCCGCUCAGCAAGGAAGAAGCCACUGCUCCAAAACCACCAUAAAAAAGCCAGACUACGGUUUGCAACUGCACAUGGGGACAAAGAUCGUACUUUUUGGAGAACUGUCCUCUGGUCUGAUGAAACAAAAAUAGAACUGUUUGGCCAUAAUGACCAUUGUUAUGUUUGGAGGAUAAAAGGGAGGUUUUCAAGCCGAAGAACACCAUCCCAACCGUGAAGCACGGGGGUGGCAGCAUCAUGUUGUGGGGGUGCUUUGUUGCAGGAGGGACUGGUGCACUUCACAAAAUAGAUGGCAUCACGAGGAAAGGAAAUUGUGGAUAUAUUGAAGCAACACCUCAAGACAUCAGUCAGGAAGUUAAAGCUUGGUCACAAAUGGGUCUUCCAAAUGGACAAUGACCCCAAGCAUACUUCCAAAGUUGUGGCAAAAUGGCUUAAGGGCAACAAAGUCAAGGUAUUGGAGUGGCCAUCACAAAGCCCUGACCUCAAUCCCAUAGAACAUUUGUGGGCAGAACUGAGAAAGCAUGUGCGAGCAAAGAGGCCUACAAACCUGACUCAGUUCCACCAGUUCUGUCAGGAGGAAUGUGCCAAAAUUCUCCCAACUUAUUGUGGAAGGCUACCUGAAACGUAGUUAAACAAUGUAAAGGCAAUGCUUCCAAAUACUAAUUGAGUGUAUGUAAACUUCUGACCCACUGGAAAUGUGAUGAACGAAAUAAAAGCUGAAAUAAAUCAGUCUCUCUACUAUUAUUCUGACCUUUCACAUUCUUAAAAUCAAGUUGUGAUCCUAACUGACCUAAGACAGGGAUUUUUUUACCAGGGUUAAAUGUCAGGAAUUGUGAAACUGAGUUUAAAUGUAUUUGGCUAAGGUGUAUGUAAACUGCGCUGUAUGUAAACUUCCGACGUCAACUGUACAUAGUACAUCUUAGGAUUUCACACCCAUCGAAGCAAAACUACCAAAACUGUUGCUGAUGGUGAAAAUUAACAAUAGAAAUCAAAUCCAGAGUAAGUCCCGUGCAGAAGGUAUUAGGAUGUUGUCUUCGGUAGCUUAGUUUUAUUCCAGUAAAACACAAUUUUCUACAGAGUAUAGAUAGCAAUAAUAUAGCAAAUGACAUAGGUUGUCAUUCAGCUAAUAAAGGCUAAUAUCACGCAAGCCAUUUUAGCAUUUUAGCAUUUGCCCAGAUGUGCAACAUCAGGAACAUGCCCAGUUUGACAAGGCUACUAAUAUUCCGUAGGGGUGUUGGGCAUGCAGAAUGACUUGUACAUCAAUGACUGUCAGCACCGUUACAUGCUUAGUUUGACCCUGAAGGAGAGGACACGGUUGUCACAAGUUGAGGUAUUUUCGUAAAGUAGAAAGAAAGAAAUAGGAGAUGUGAACCUGUGAUUGUUAAGGUCUGGAUUGGUUUUGGGUCCCGGGACCGACGCAGUCAUAUCUUAAACAUUUGAACUGGGGACCGAUACGUAUCGGUGAAUCAUUACAGGACUGUAUCCCCUGACCUGUAGAGAGAGAGCUGGGGAAGAGAAAGAUUAGAGCAACAGGGAUGGAGUGAUUGAUGGAGUGAGAGAGAGUACGCAGUGGCAGAAUACCUGACCACUGACUGACUCAAACUUAAGGAAGUCUUUGACUAUGUACAAACUCCAUAUACUACCCACCACUGCGACCUGUAUGCUCUCGUUGGCUGGCCCUCGCUACAUAUUCGUCUCCAAACCCACUGGCUCCAGGUCAUCUAUAAGUCUUUGCUAGGUAAAGCGCCGCCUUCUCAGCUCACUGGUCACCAUUGUAACACCCACCUGUAGCAUGCACUCCAGCAGGUAUAUUUCACUGGUCAUCCCCAAAGCCAACACCUCCGUUGGCCGCUUUUCCUUCCAGUUCUCUGCUGCCAAUGACUGGAACAAAUCGCAAAAAUCACUGAAGCUGGAGACUUAUAUCUCCCUCACUAACUUUAAGCAUCAGCUGUCAGAGCAGCUUACUGAUCACUGUACCUGUACACUGCCAAUCUGUAAAUAGCACACCCAACUACCUCAUCCCCAUAUUGUUAUUUAUCUUCUUGCUCUUUUACACCCCAGUAUCUCUACUUGCACAUCAUCAUCUGCACAUCUAUCACUCCAGUGUUAAUGCUAAAUUGUAAUUAUUUCACCUUUAUGGCCUAUUUAUUUCCUUACCUCCCUACUCUUCUACAUUUGCACACACUGUACAUAGAUUUUUCUAUUGUGUUAUUGACUGUACGUUUGUUUAUGCGUAACUCAGUUUUUGUCGCACUGUUUUGCUUUAUCUUUGCCAGGUCGCAGUUGUAAAUCAGAACUUGUUCUCAACUGGCCUACCUGGUUAAAUAAAGGUGAAAUAAAAUAAAUAAUAAGUCUCCGUGAGCAUAGCUUUGCUAUUGAGAAAGUGCGCCGUAGGCAGACCUGGCUCUCAAGAGAAGACAUGCAAUGUGCUCACUGCCCACAAAAUGAGGUGGAAACUGAGCUGCACUUCCUAACCUCCUGCCCAAUGUAUGACCAUAUUAGAGAGACACAUUUCCCUCAGAUUACACAGAUCUACAAAGAAUUCAAAAACAAACCCAAUUUUGGUAAACUCCCAUAUCUACUGGGUGAAAUACCACAGUGUGCCAUCGCAGCAGCAAGAUUUGUGACCUGUUGCCACCAGAAAAGGGCAACCAGUGAAGAACAAACAAACACCAUUGUAAAUACUAGGGAUGCACAAUAUAUCAGUGAACACAUCGGAUGGCUAGUUUAGCGCCGAUGUCAAAGCUGACGUGCAUACCUAUAUAACGUAGGUACGUGACACCACGUAAAAUGUUGCGCUAUAUUUGCAACACAGCAUUCCUUAACUAGCCCACAAUUUCUGCUGUGUGGAUCUAGCAGUCAACAGCCAUUUGAAAGACUAACAACUCAAAGUCGAAAUCCAUUGAAGCCAAGAUAAUGGAAUUCAUUGCCCUUGACAAUCAACUGUUCUCUGUCAUGUGUGAUGUUGGCUUUCGCCGACUGGUCGAGCACCGGUGCACACUACCAAGCGCACUAUUUUUCAGAUGUUGCCCUACAGGAGUUACAUAGUAAUAGCGUCACUGCUAUUAGCUUCACGACAUACAUACUACGGAAUGUCGUUUGGGUCUUAGCGUGUCAAAAAAGAUACAGUAGCACUGUCAAAGCGGUACAAAAAAGUCUGCAAACAAGCAAACACCGGCCAUGAACGAUGUGUUUACAAUACUGCGUUUGUAAUAAAGCAUCAUUUGUUCGACCGCAACUUAUGGGGUAUCUAGCUUUAGCUUGGUACCUAGCUAGCACCAAUACAACCAGCCUGAAAACAAUGACCAGUCGAAACUGCAGUCAUUUUCAUUAUUCUUAGCAAUGAUUUAGGAAUCCUUGUGAGUAAGUAUUAGCUAGGUUGCCACUUGUUGUUCGCCUAUUGAAAUUGAACUUCAGUUCAUGAAAAUAAAUAGCUAGCCAGCUACUUAACCCUGUUGCCCAAAGCUAGUGUUAUAAGUAGCCAGCUAGCUUCAUCUGGCUAGUGAGGCUCGACCGGACUGGGUUAUGUGUUGUGAAGCUAGCCACAAUAAGGAUUAGGCAGAAUAGUGGAAUUUACAGUUUGUCUACAAAAUAAAAGUAUGUUAUUGAGAGUAAUGCAAAUGAAUACAAAUAGUAGAAUUAUGCCAUACCUUUUAUUUUGCAGGCUAACCGCAAAGUCCACUAUUGUGGCUAAUCCUUAUUGUGGCUAGCUUCACAUAGAUGGGUCCGACCACCAUUAAUCAAAAAAUAACUGUCUUUAUAAAUUAGGGUUAUUUUAGAUUACACCUAGCUAUAUAGUUAGCUAGCGAACUAUAGCUACUGAAACCGAUUAUGUCGUUUGCUAUGUUUUUGGGGAAGAACAUUUUUUAACAUUUUAUUUGACCUUUAUUUAACCAGGCAAGUCAGUUAAGAACAAAUUCUUAUUUUCAAUGGCGGCCUACCAGGGACAGUGGGUUAACUGCCUUGUUCAGGGGCAGAACGACAGAUUUUAACCUUGUCAGCUUGGUUACUAGUCCAACGCUCUAACAACUAGGCUACCUGCCGUUUUCAUCCAUUAGCUAGCUUUUUUUUAAUGAUCAGCACUGUAGGUGCACGAGACAACUUUACCAGCAUCAUAGCAUACGUAUCGAUGAAUCGUUGUGUAAUAUUAAAUACGAGUGAUGGUGUAAUCAAUGUGUAAUAACUAUGUAAAACAUUUAUGAAUGCAUUCAAUUAUUAUGUGACUGUCAUAUUCAGGUCCUGAUUGGUCAAGAAGCUUAUUUGACACGCAAAGACCCAAACGGCGCUCCGUAGCAAAGACCCAAACGGCGCUCCGUAGCAAAGACCCAAACGGCGCUCCGUAGCAAAGACCCAAACGGCGCUCCGUAGCGAAGACCCAAACGGCGCUCCGUAGCGAAGACCCAAACGGCGCUCCGUAGCGAAGACCCAAACGGCGCUCCGUAGCGAAGACCCAAACGGCGCUCCGUAGC